AUGUCGUUUUACAGUGCCUUUCCCACGAGCCCGCUCAGCCGCUCGGCGCUGGCAUCCGAAGCAGUCGUCGAGCGUGAGUCAACACCAAGGACGCAGACGAGGCGCUCAAACGCCUGUGCCUCGAUCACGUCCCCGCUGGGAUACGGUGCUGCACCUCGCCUCAACUCGGUCACGCUCAAUUCUGAUGGGGAUCGCUUCGAUCCGAUGCUUCCAAGUCCACCGGAGCCGUCGCGCUUCUUCCACUCUGCCGCUCUGCCUUCGCGCCAUGUCAGUGGUCCAGCUCGCCUGUUGCGCAACCCUUUCACUCGGCCUUUCCGGUCGCCCACCCAAAACAACCCCUUCGAUGAUGGCUAUGAUGCAUACGCUGUUUCCCCUCCUAUGUCAUCCUCGAGCUUUACUCGAUCCAUCGACACUCGACGUCGCUCAUCCGGGUUCAGCAUCUCAGCUUCCAGCCCGACGCCCAAUUUUGGCAGUCUCGUCGGCUCUUUCCAAGAAUCCCUUCUUCGCGGCCGUAUGUCGAUGCCAGCGUCCAAGCCUCUGAUCUUUGAUGCUGAGAUCGGCGUGCUUGGCAUGGGCAGGUGCAAACCAUCGCUUCGAUGCCCGCCGCAUGUUCACGUCAAGUUCCCUGCGCACUUUUACGACCUUCAUGCCAGCGAUAAACCAGCUUCAGUGCUCAAUUCUGGCUCCACCGCCGCUCUUGGAAGCCCCUAUGUUGGGACCAUCGAUCUCGAGGCUCACUACCAUAAUCUUCUCGUCACCAGCCGCCUCGAAGCACUCGGCGCCAAUGGACCGGUUGCAUCCGCCGACCAAGCUGACCUGCCUCCAUUUCCUGGAUACGCCGUCCCGCCGAAAGGUCAGAUCCAGCUGAUCGUCAAGUACCCUGACUACAAUGCUGUUAAGCUCUUCCUAGUACCCUACGACCUCACCGACAUGCUGCCGGGAACCAAGACCUUUGUCCGUCAGACCACCGUGUCCCGUCCUAGAUCAGAGAGCAACAGUGCGACUGCCGAUUCAAAGGAAGAAUCUCAGCUCGGCAACCGCUCCUCAUCCAACAUCGUUCGAGCAACGCCAACAAAAGAAGCUCUCCGCUUCGCGAUUCACUUGCAGUUCUGCUGUCCACCUACCAAAGUCCAACACGACGAUCACCAGGCUGGAUUCGACGGUUCUGCUUCUCGCCGCUUUCGCCCUCGUGACGACGCUGGUCGGAAUACGGCCAGGAAUUCGAGCAGCCCACACUGCAGCCGCCGCGCUCAAACAGGCAAACCGUCCAAGAUCUUUCUGCACAAGAGCAUCCGUCUCGUCUUUGCUGCUCGUGCCCUGGACUCAAACGAGAAGCUCUUCGAUCAGGUCGAGACGCCCGGCAAAGGACCGCAGCGCUUUUCCACGUACAACGGUCCCGAUGACGAAUGGCAUCAACUUCACCAUGAAGCAAAGGCAGCGCGUCUCUCCGCCGAUCAAUGUAAAGCCCCUCUACCUGCACACUCGUCCAUCUGUGCAUCCGAGCUCGGCUUGCAUGCGCAGCAAUCCAUUCACAACGGUCUCGGCAUCGCCAUUCACGGCACAGCUCCACAUGCUGCCCGAUCAGGUGGUGACAGUGCGUCAUUGCACGAGAGCGUCGCGCCGCUCAACUCGGAUCCGAAUGGCGAAAGAUGGCAACCAAGCAGCCCGUUUGCACACCAGUCCGCAAUUUCACCCUCUCCCGCCGCCAGCGUGCUUCUGCCCGCCACAGCCGCGUGGAGCCUGAGCAGCCAUGAAAGCAGCUUCGGUGCGCCUGCUACAAGGUGGCCACACUCUGUGCCUGCUGACCAACAAGAUGUACACCAACUGGCGCGCUCGCUCGCGUCGACUCGUCUCACGGAAGCUCUUGCACCGCCUCAGGAUGUCAAAACACCGGCCAGCGAGCCAGCGAUACAGAUAUCAGAGCCUGCUGCAUCUGGACAGUUGGCAACCCGGGCUACAGAGGGAGCAGGCGCAUCGAGCAUGCAGCAUUUUCGCCCUGCAGUGUCGGCUUGUGCACGCCCAUCGCGCAUGCGAGCAGCAUCGACGGCAAGUCUGUCGGAAGCACGUGUGCAGAGCGUGUCUGCACUCGGUCGGCUUGAAGAAGCUGAGAUCGUCGUUACGCAGAGUAACAGUGUCUCUGUUGACUCAGCCUUUUCGCGCCGGUCGUUGCGGCCCACAAGAACAGCGGUCGGCGAUCGCCCGGAUCUGAUUAGGAAGCUUUCCGAGCAAUUUGCGCGAGGCUUCACACCUUCGCCCACGGCAAGUCCGAUGGUGAGGCCUACGACGGCCUUGCGGCAAGCAGACGAUGAGCUUGUGGAGAUCAGCAUUGAUAAUGCUAGUGGCGUGGGCGGGUGUGACUCGGCUGGCGGCCGAGGCCGGGCCAGAGCAGCCGCAAUGGCGUUUGAUCCACACUCCACUAGACCCCUACGUAACGAUGUUUGUCACAUGUACGUUUUUCCCGAUUAG